UCUUCAAACAUGGUUUCACGAUCACGGCCUUCUUCUUCUUGCAAAAUCCCCGAUCGAGCUCAACGAUUAGGGUUUUAAUCGCGACGACCAUGGCCACUACGACACCACUAAUCCCGACCGAAUCUUGACCGUCGUGAUCAAACGGAAAUGUCUUCGUCACCUUCAUCGUCCUCCUCCGCUUUCUCUCUGAUCUGCAUCCUCCACUCCCUGAUCGCCCUCACUACCGGGGUCCUCAUGAUGUUCCAGAUGAAGGAAAUCUACACCUUUACUCACGGGGUAGAAACCGCGACGAAACUGUUAGGCUCAACACCUCACGACCAGCUCCUGAUCCGGACCUCCGAUUCCUUUUCCGGGUUACUCCUGUUUGCUAUUGGGUUUUUGAUAUUCAUGGUCUCUUUCGUGAAGGAUCGAGAGUUCCAGUCAUUCUUCGCUAAGGGAUGCACGAUCCUCCAUGUUUUCAUGGCUCUUUGGAGGGUUUACUUUGAGAGGAGAGUCGAAGACUUGGCCUGGGAUUGGUUGCGCCAGACAGUCGGGGAUAUGGUAUUGGCUCUCUCGUGGGUUUUCUUUCUCGUCUACACAUGGAGAGAAAAGUAUGAUUAAUUAUGUUUAAACUUUUAAUUUCUAUAUUCGAUUUUGAGUGUGUUUAUUCUGUUCAUUUUGCAGUUUAAGUUUGAGAAAAAUACAGCAAGUUGAUUCCACUUAUAGUCAUGAACAGAAUUUAUGUAAAGCUAUAUAUUUUUGAGUUAACAGUGAAUGCUAGUGCAUAAACUGGGUUCUAGUAGCUGA